UUGUAAAUUAAAAAUAAAACAAUUGCAACAUUUGUUUUACUCAUACAACCGGUGGUGAACUGAUCCACACUUUGGGCACAUGGGGUCGACAUCAGUGGUGAGGUAUCGUCGCAUUCGCGAUGACAAGCAUUACAUGUAUUUAGACAUCGGAUUAGAGUUUGAGUCCGCGAACAACAGGCCGUUCGUCGGUCGCCGACAAUACAAAGCGAUGAUAAUGUCUGCCAUUCGGUCGCUGUUCGGGGACUUCGGGACAGCCGUUGGCCUCGAUUUGAUUCAUUACAGAGACAGUGACUACAGGGCUAUCAUUAGGACUAAUGCCAAGUAA